GUCAAGAUGGAAGAACUCGGAUAACAGAGACUCUAACCAGGAGGACUUUUGCCUUCGAUACACAGACGCCUGUAGAGAACUGGGACAACACAGACUCUUACCAGGAUUACUUUGAUUUGGAUGACAAAGACGCAGACGUGCUACUCACAUUCUUGUUCUUCACUUGGACGGUCGACAUGUUCGCUUGCUCCCUUGUUGGAAGAAGUAUUUUCUUUGCUUGCUUAUGCGGGUUUAUCGCCAAGGGAGUGUCAGGAUGCCAGCCAGUGUCGGUCCUCUGCAAAGACAUUAAGACUAAGGACGGCUUCAAGUACGACUAUGACUGUAAUUGUGGAUUGGGCACCAGAUGUGAAAUAGAUGUAAAGAAUGAGACGGGACACCUCAUCGGGCUCGUGAAAUGCGGCGAAAAGGACUGCCGGCUGCUUGACAAAGCUGCAGUGGUUGUUGGAAUCGACCGUAACAACACUGUGCUCACAGUUUGCCUGAACAUAGAAGUCCACUGCAUGGAUGGCAACCGCUGUUGGAACUACACAGCUGUUGGUAAAGAGAACAACCCAAAGAUCAGCUCUACAGCCAUCACAGCCAUUGAGAACAACCCAAAGAUCAGCUCUACAGCCAUCACAGCCAUUGAGAACAACACAAAGAUCAGCUCUACAGCCAUCACAGCCAUUGCGGUGUCCAUGGUGUUUGUGGUGUUUGUGGUGUUGGGGUGCCUUUGUCGCAAAUGGAAGAAAGACAGAACGCAAAGUGAUGCAACAUUUCCUGAAUAUCUGAAAACAAUGAUCCAAGAAAGCUUCUUAUGUUCCCCGGCUGAACACGACCAGAGUGACGAGCCUGAAGUCCGGUUCAGGUCUGCUGUGAAUGGCGGAGGAGAGCCUACGAGUGGUGCUGAUCAACCGCUGACUGCUCCGGAACUUGUUUCUGUCCAAAAUGGAAAUGUCUCUUCUGCCGCAUAUUGACAUGGAGUCAACAUCUGCAUCAAGAACCAAAGGGAACAUGAGAAAAAGAAACAAUAUAGUAUAUAAUAUUGAUAAACAAUAACAUAUUACUAGGGGUGUAACGGUACGUGUAUUUGAAUUGAACCCUUUCGGUACGGGGGUUUCGGUUCGGUGCGGAGGUGUACUGAACGAGUUUCCACACGGACAUAUUAAGUAGCGUAACGCACGUUGUGUAAACGAUACUCAAAAUGCCGGACAUUUGAGGCAUUUAAGAAACUCGGCAAAAGAGGACAUGUCCGGUGAAAAGAGGACGUACGGUCAGUCUAUCCUAGCCCGUUAGCUGCUAGCAUGCUAGCAAAAGAGGACAUGUCCGGUGAAAAGAGGACGUACGGUCAGUCUAUCCUAGCCCGUUAGCUGCUAGCAUGCUAGCAAAAGAGGACAUGUCCGGUGAAAAGAGGACGUACGGUCAGUCUAUCCUAGCCCGUUAGCUGCUAGCAUGCUAGCAAAAGAGGACAUGUCCGGUGAAAAGAGGACGUACGGUCAGUCUAUCCUAGCCCGUUAGCUGCUAGCAUGCUAGCAAAAGAGGACAUGUCCGGUGAAAAGAGGACGUACGGUCAGUCUAUCCUAGCCCGUUAGCUGCUAGCAUGCUAGCAAAAGAGGACAUGUCCG